CAGCACGUUCUUCCUAUCUUGGGCAAUUCACCGACAAAGGCGGACGGACGGACGAACUCGUAUCAGGCCGUCUCCGACGGACUGCUGGUACCGUCCGUCAAAGUCCCAGCGCUCGCUUCCCAACAUGGUGCGGUCUUCUUUGCGUAGACGCUCGUUCACAGUCGCCUGUAGAACGCGCCACGCUCCGUCGUCCAAAGAUUAGUCGUCUUCUUUGUGUUGGCCGCGGUACUUACUUCUUUGAACAUAGCCUUUCUGAUUAGCGCUGUUGGACUUUUUCGAUGUAGUCGUGUUCGCUCGUCGCAUCAUCGCGUUCUCUCCCCUAUUCGAUAUUAUAAAGGAUUCGGCAAACUUUCACAAUGGCAAAGCAACAACUCAGCAGAUUGCUACCGCGCGCUCUACUCAACAUGGAUCUAAGCACUUUCGUUCUUCCGACGUAUCAUAACCUUUUCAGGACCGUCGUUCUCCUUCUGGCACUCGCAAAUGUAAAGAACCUUCUCGGGGUGUGGCAUUACCGCGUCUUUCGCCCUUUCAUCGUUCGCCUCACACGCCGACCAAAGCGGGCGGUUGAUCCGAACUGCCUCUUCCUUCCGUCAAUUCAACGUUCACAUGCACCUCUUCUCGAGACCGAUUUCAACCUCCACAAGUCAAACAGCACGUACUUGACGGACAUAGACAUCACCCGCGCGAACUAUGCUGUGUUAAUCUUAGGCGAUCACGUCGCCACUAGUCCGUUCAGCAAAAAACCCAAGUUAAUCCUGGGAGGCAUACAGAUCAUCUGGAGAAAGGAGAUCCCGCCAUACAAAGAGUAUGAAAUGUGGAUCCGAUUGUUGACUUGGAGCGACAAGUGGUUCUACGCCGUGACGCAUUUCGUAGAGAAGGGUAAAUUCAAGCCUGCUCUGUACUUGCAGGAUAUGACCAUGACCCCUGAAGCGACAAAGAAGAUGAUCGAUGAGAGCGCAGAGAAGGCAAAGACACUGAAGGAGACGUAUGCGAAAUCGAUAUAUGCUUCGGCAAUAUCACGCGUUGUCAUCAAGCAAGGCCGGCAAACCGUCAAGCCAGCUGACAUGCUGGCACAAGCCGGUCUCUUGCCUACGGACGCUGCAGAGCUGGCAAAAGUGGAAGAGAGACGCCUGAAAUACCUGAAACUUGUGGAAGAUGGCGGUGCUUGGGACGGACUUCAUGCCACAUUCUUUGAUUGCACGGAUGUUGCGCUUGGGAGAUAUACAGAUCUAUUUUUCCGAUGAAGUCCAAGUCGAGGUGGACCAUACCUCGACAUCUGGAGCCGAAGUAGGCAGACACGCGUUGAUUGUGUUUUGUGCGUCUGCUGUAUUUUGAUACGAUACCAUAGAAUAUGCAUAAUUUAGAUUCAGAAGACUACAGGCUCUGCGAGUAGGCAUAC